AUGGACUCUGAUUUUGUUAAGGACCUUGGUCUUGACUCUCUUGAUCACGUUGAAAUGGUCAUGGCUAUGGAAGAAGAAUUUGGAUUUGAAAUCCCUGAUGGAGACGCUGAUAGGCUGAAAACUCCGCGGGAUAUUUUCCAGUACAUUGCUGAUCGCUACUCUCCCGGAUUUGUGAUUCGCCGGAGGGUGGAGUACCUUAAGGAGCUUCUAGGACCGCAGUCGCAGCUGAACACUCGAGUCCUUUCAGAUGCGGAGGUGAUCAAGAUGAAUCUCCUCAAAAAUGAGAAGAAAUAUGGUGGAGAAGAACCACCAGAUAAUGUGCCUGUCAAUGUAUGUUAUGCUAUCAUAUAUGGAGGUUCGAUAAUCGUGCCGGACGAGAGGAGCUCCAGCCAUAUUUAUACGCAUGUGGGUUUCAAGCUUUGA